AUGGUAAAAAGAUCUUUGGAGGAGCCCAAAGGGAAACCUACAUCAGCAGAGGUAAAAAGAUCUUUGGAGGAGCCCAAAGGGAAACCUUCAUCGGCAGAGGCAUGGUCUAUGAUUUCUAAAUUGACUGAAGAGAAAGCUUCCGCUAUUCACCAAAAUCAGAAGCUUCGUCAGGAAUUGUGCAAGGACAAAUUUCUCAUUCAAAGUGUUAUUGCACCCAAUGGUGUCACUCCUAAAGACAUAACCCCAGAAAUGUUUAAUAAGGAGGAUGGGAAGGUUGUUGACGAGUUCAAAUUGAGGGUUAUUUACAUUCCUGCUAAUCCCCCUUCACCAGUCCCUGAAGGAUCGGNUGAGUGA